CGCACUGCCUAGAAUUGGUUCAUCAAACGUGUCUACGUCAAGACUGAUUAUAAUUAAUUUAAUAUAUAUGAGAUUUGUGAUUUAUUUGCAGAUCUGUAUCUUUAACUGUGAUAUUAACAAUUAAGAAAUUUCACGAUGAGUUCCUCGGGUGAAUUUGGCAACCCGUUAAGGAAAUUCAAGCUGGUAUUUCUAGGGGAACAGAGCGUUGGGAAGACCUCUCUAAUCACAAGGUUUAUGUAUGACAGUUUCGACAACACCUAUCAGGCAACAAUAGGAAUUGACUUUUUAUCAAAGACAAUGUAUUUGGAGGAUAGGACUAUACGACUACAACUAUGGGAUACAGCUGGACAAGAGAGGUUCAGAAGUUUGAUUCCAAGCUACAUACGGGAUUCUUCUGUAGCAGUAGUAGUUUAUGAUAUAACUAAUGCAAACUCUUUUCAACAGACAUCAAAAUGGAUAGAUGAUGUCAGGACCGAGAGAGGAAGUGAUGUCAUAAUUAUGUUGGUUGGAAAUAAAACAGAUCUGUCUGAUAAAAGGCAGAUAACAACAGAAGAAGGUGAAAGGAAAGCUAAAGAACUGAGUGUUAUGUUUAUUGAAACAAGUGCAAAGGCUGGUUACAAUGUGAAGCAGUUGUUCAGGCGAGUUGCUGCAGCAUUACCGGGAAUGGAACAAACAGAGACAAAGAAAGGAGAAAUGACGGAGGUUAAACUGAAGGACACAGGCCCAGUAGAACCUGAACACAAGGAAGGAGGGUGUUCAUGCUGAGGGUGUGGGUAGUCUCUCUAGGCAGGGCAGGAUCUAAAAAUAACUCACCAGCUACAAAGGAAUUCAGUUUGGAAGGGUGCUGGCUGGAGAAUGGACAGUGGUUUUUUUUUUGUUUUUGUUUUAAGAGACCCUCCGAAAUUCGAAGACAAUAUACCGUACUGAAAUAUUACAUAGGUGCUGUAAUGUGAAUUCAACAUACUACUCACACUGUCACCUAUAAUGUUUACACUUAUACCGUAUACAGUCAUUUCUUUUAUGCAUGUUAAAGACUCCGAUCAAAUAACAUUGACAUAAUUUCAUUUGCAUGUUUUUGUUUAUCAUUUUGAAUACAUGAAUAGAUUUGUAUAGAAAAGUUGUACAUGUACUUUUUUUUUGAGAUGUAUGUGUUCAAGAGUCAUCAAUUUGAAAUACUUGACAUGAUUUCCCAUUGGCAAAUAUUUUGCUUCAUUUGAGUUUUUGUGAAAUUAUUAAUAUUUAUUUACCGGAAUCAGCCAAACAUUUUUUAAGUUGAAUGCUGCUUAAGACCUUAAAUGUCUGUUUUUAUACUCACUUGAGUAUCACCAGUAUAUAUUAUACUGUAUACCAACUUUCAUUCGCCUUGAAGAAAUAUGUUGGUUCCGGAACCUUAGAUUUCUUGCAGAUAUUUAUUGCAGUGAACCAUUUAUUGAAUUGUUUUACCAUAUGGAAAGUUUCCUCAUUUGCAAAAAAAAAAAAAAAAAAAAAAAAAAUAGAAGUCGUGGAUAAAUUUCAAACAGGGAUGAAGAAUAAAAGUUGUCAUAAAUAAUAGUCGUUAAAUGAUUACAGUAUAUUAUGUCUGAACAUAAACAAAUUAACUGCUAUAGCUGUAAAUUAACUCGGAGGAAAAAAGGCCAUGUUUUCAUGUUUGUUUAUUGUAGGGGCUGGAUAAGAGGUUAUAUAAAUUAUUAAUCAGAAGCAGCCAUUUGUGAUAGGGAGAAAUGAAUUUGUAAAGUUGACAUAUCCAUGUAGCCGUGCUGAAUAAUAUCGUAUGUCCAACUGUAUGCAGUAAUCUAUGCAUUAACACUUUUCAUUAACGUUCAAUGCAUCACUUCUGAUUUUAAUGCUGUUAUUUAUUAUGUGUUUUUGCUAUGUAUGAUUGUAUUUUAGCAUGUAUGUUGUGUAUGCUUGUGGCCAACUAAAAUAGAAAUUAAAUGAAAUUAUUAAUUUA